CAUUCUCAAGUCAAGAUGGACGAAAAGUUGAUAUUGUCAGUUUUUAAUUUUCCUGAGCUGUAUAAUACAACUUUGCCAGAUUACCGCAAUGGUGAGACAAGAUCCCUUGCUUGGCGGAGAAUCAGCGCAUUGACAGCUCUUCCAGCUGAAGAGUGCAAAAGGAAAUGGAAGAAUCUAAGAGACCGAUACUUCAAGGAAGUACGACAGGAGAAAAGGAGUAAGGAAGAGACAGGGGAGCGCACCACCAGUCGAUGGAAAUACAGACAACUUCUGAACUUUCUUCAACCAUUCAUUAAACCUAGAAAUGGCAAUGCAGACCAUGACAACCAGGAGAGCCCUGAUACAAUCAAUAAAAGCACACAGAGUGAGAUCAAAACACUCAAUACAGCCCUGGUAAACAACAUGAAAACCCCUACAACCCAGGUUGGGACCAUGUCGCAGCUAGCCUUUGUGACCCAGCUGUCCCCAGCGCAACAAGGCACCCAGAUGGCCCAGCUGGCUUUCCUGGCCAAGCUACCACCAGGUGCCCAGAUAUCCCCAGCGCCCCAGCCAUCCUCAGCUCCCCAGCUAUCAACAUACACAACCAGGAAGAGGCCUCAGACACGACAAGAGUCCCCUGCUUCACCAUGUUCCUCAAGUACUCCUGCCAAGCUCUCCACAAAGAACAGGAGGCUGCUGGCCAAAGAGAAAGACCACAGAUCAGAUUCCAUGAUCCCUAACCGACAGUGUGACGAGGAUGAGAUGUUUCUUCUCAGCUUUGUUCCUGCCUUGAAGAGGCUAGCUCCACAAAAAAGAUGUGAGACCAAAAUUAAGAUCCAACAGAUAAUGUAUGAGGCAGAGUUUAGUGUAGCUCAGCCAUUGACUGUCAAAGACCCACUGGUGACAGUGUCCAAUGAACUGCUAGAGCCCGUGCCUCAAGAAGACCAAGAGUCACAAGAAGAGCCAGAGACAUAACUCAUUCAUUUUUGUAGGGUCUACAGGGGUUGUUCUCAGUGGAAGUUAUAUUGUUCUUUGGACUGAAAGUAUUUUUUGUAAAAUAUAUUUUUCUCUCUCCUAAAACAUGAAGAGCCAAGUUAUUCAUCAUCUGUUUUUAGAAUAAUCACAUUUUUGGUGGUAUCAUAUUGAGAGGUAUACUUUUAUAUUUUUCAGAAUAGUUGAUUAACAACCAAAUCAAUUAUUUUACUAGAUGAUCUUAAAACAUUUGCUUUUAUGAAUGCAAGUUAACCCAAUUGAAAAUACAAUGGGCUGUUAUUCUGUU